UGUUCCCCCAGCUGUUUCCUGUCUACAGUGUCUGUGUUUUGUAGAUAAAUGUGAGGAUUUUCUCUAAAUCCCUCUUCUGUUUGCUAAAUCUCACUGUCACUGCUAAAUUCAGAGCAGAUAGAGCCUGCGCAAUGGAAUAAAGUCCUCAAAAUUGAAAUGUGACAUUGCUCUUCACAUCUCCCAUCUCUCUGGAUUUCUUUUUGCCUCAUUAUUCCUGCUAACCAAUUCAUUUCCAGACUUUGCACUUCAGAAGCAAUGGGGAAAAUCAGCAGUCUUCCAACCCAAUUAUUUUAAGUGCUGCUUUUGUGAUUUCUGGAAGGUAAAGAUGCACAUCAAGCCCUCUUCGAAUCUCUUCUACAUGAUCCUGUGCUUGCUCACCUUUACCAGUUUUGCCUCUGCCGGACCAGAGACUCUCUGCGGGGCUGAGCUGGUGGACGCACUUCAGUUUGUGUGUGGUGACAGGGGCUUUUAUUUCAACAAGCCCACGGGGUACGGCUCCAGUAGUCGGAGGGCGCCUCAGACCGGCAUAGUGGAUGAGUGCUGCUUCCGGAGCUGUGACCUGAGACGGCUGGAGAUGUAUUGCGCACCCCUGAAGCCUGCCAAGGCAGCCCGCUCUGUCCGAGCCCAACGCCACACAGACAUGCCCAAAGCUCAAAAGGAAGUACAUUUGAAGAACAUAAGUAGAGGAAAUGCAGGAAACAAGAACUACAGAAUGUAGAAAGUCCUAAGAAUAAAGAAUGACAUACCACCCACAGGAUCCUUUGUGCUGCACCAAGUUAUCUGUUGAACACAAGAAAACCUACCAAAAAAGUUUGAUAAUAACAGUGAAAAAGAUGGGCAUUCUCCCCAAUGAAAUAUGCAAGUAAACAUUCCAACAUUGUC